CGUGGAACAGAUGAAUCACGUCUUUCGGCUCAUUAUAGGGAGGCAGGAGACUACUAAGGCAGAAUGUUGUAUACACUGCAUGAUGUAGUCACUAAACUAGUGGUAGAUUGGAAGCUGGGAGAUCACAUAGGACAUGAUUACAAUGACGCAGACAUGAAGUAUGAGCCUCAGGAUAAUGGUCUUGAGUAGAGAGGAAGAGAGAAAUUAUGAGAGAUGAGGUGGAGGAAAAAUGGAUGUGCGUUUUAGACCAGAGAGCAGAGAAUCUGCAGAGGGAGCUUGGAGGUUUUAUCAAGAAGAAUUUGAAAGCCCUCGGGAGCUGCCCUCUAUCCUGAAAAGCCACAAGGCCAAGUUCUCUGAGAAGGGCAGCGUCCGGCAGAUGCUAUGCACAGAUCCGGGCUGUGAAGUGUGCAAUUCUGUGGCUUUGGAGGCUGAACUGCUCUUCAAUUCCACUCUGCCCGAACUGGCCUCCUGGGCCCUGCCAUCCGAUCUCUCUCUAAAUUUGCCUUCUAACCUCUCCCUGGUCCCCAGCUCCUCACAGAACCCAAGUCCACCACACUCCUCCUCACGGAAUCCCUCUUCCUCCAUGACGGCCAAUAUCUUACCUGGUCAUGCUCUUUCUAUUUCUCCCAUCCACUCAAUGGACCUCAGUUUCUCCCUGCCCCAUUCCUCGCCUUCAGCUACUAACUCUCUUCAGGGCAAAUCCCCCGUCAGGGUCCAGACCUACUCCCAGUCCAGUACGACUUCCAGGACCCAUAUAUCGGUGCUGUCUCACACCUCCACUGUUGUCCGCACUUCUUUGAUGACAGACUCUUCCACGGAAACUACCCCUCCUGGGACUCUGUCCCCACAGUUAACUCCUAAGCUCUCAAAGGCCCCCACUCCCUCAGUGCAGCCAAGUCCCUUGGUAGUCCCACCUGUUACUCAAGCUACUUUCAUGGCCCAAAUUUCCUCAGUGAAUCCCACUACCCCAGUUACUCCUUCAUUUAACCCACCUAUUCCCCAGGAAUCACCUAGCCAGUUUAUUACCCAUACCUCCUUGCUUAAGGAUCUCCAAUCAGUCACCAUGGCCGCCUCUUCAGUUCCCACUCUUCCUAUUGCUCCCACUUUAUCUUUCACUCCCACCCUUCCUGUAGCUCCCACCCUUCCUGUAGCUCCCACCCUUUCAACUACUAUCCCACCCGCUAUGGCUCCCCAGCCUUCCCUGGUUCCCCCCCAUCCAAUGGCUCUCCCCUCUUCUGUGGCUUUCCCCCCUCGGAUGGCUCUCCCCUCUCCUGUUGCUCCUUCUCUUUUCCCUCUACCUCCUGUGGCUCCCACUCCCCUUGUGGCUCCCAACCCUUCUAUUCCCCCGACCCUCUCUUUUGCUCCCACCCUUCCUGUGGCUCCCGUUCCCCCUGUGGCUCCCACCUCUUUUGUGGCUCCUGCUCCUUAUUUUACUCCCAUUCCUUCUGUUACCCCGGCCCCUCCUUUUGCUCCUGCCCCAUAUUUUGCUCCCACCCCUUAUUUUGCUCCCACUCCUUCUUUUGCUCCUGCCCCUUCUUUUGAUGCUGUUCCUUCUGUUGCUCCCACCCUUUCUGUGGCUUCCAAUCCCCCAAUAGCCCAAACUUCUGCAUUAGACAGAUCAUUUUUAAUAGACCCUGCUUACCUACAGGGACAUCCCCAACUCUGCCAUUCUUCUUACGUGGCCCAUACCACUUCACUGGACCCCAACUACUCCAGAACUUACACCACUUCUGUGGCUUCUACCCCCUCCUUGGACCUUACCCAUUCAUCAGUCUUCACUUCCUCCAAAGGUCCUUCAAUGACUCCCGUGUUCUCCAGGAAUUCUGGUUCCUUCUCACCUCCUACCACUUCAAUAGCCCCCUUAAAAGCUCCCAGCUUGUCAACAAAACCCUCCAGGACCUCCAGAUUCCACGGCUCCUCCCUCACACCCAAGGCCUCUUUAGCCCACCCUUCCUCAAUGGCCAGAAGCCUGGGGGACAGCCCUACCUCUUCUGUGGUCCAUCUCUCCUCUCUGGUCCAAAAGCCCUCCAGGGUCUAUACCACGGCAGCGAGCUGCCCCGUCUCCAUGAGGCUCACCUCCUCCCAGGCUUCCACCCCCUCCACAAUCUGCACUCCCUCUGUGGUUCACACUCCCCUCAUAACCUGCACUUCCUCUGCAACGCCCCCCAUUUCUGUGACUCCCACCUUCUCACAGGCCGCCUCCACCGUACCAGAGAAAAACACCUCACAGAUUCUCAGAUCUUCCUUGUUCUGUAUUCCCUCUGGAGGCCAGACCCAUUCCACAGUUGAAACCACUUCAGUAGCCGCCACCACCUUAGAGGAACAGACUGUCUCCCAGGUGCUUAGAUUCUCGCUGGCUGGGACUAGCCCCGGCGCCCAGAACCCUCCCAGGACCCAGAGCCACUCCGCCAGCCACAGGCCACUAGUGAGCAGCACCCCCUCAGCAGUUCACACCACCCCCCCGAGUAGGAAACCCUUGGUGGACCGUAUGUCCAUCAAGGACCCGGCCGUCUUUCUGACUUCCACUUCUCUAGUAGACUUUCAGCCUCCCCAACAACCUUCGCUGACUCCAAGGCCCCCGAGUCACCCCCUCUCACCAGCCACAUGCGAAGGACCAGACCAGCUGAGCACCAUUCCCAAAGUCUUAUCCCCAGAAGAGGAUGCUCUGAUAUCCUCAGCCUCCCUGACCUCUGACAUCGGUGAAUCAUUUGCAACCUUUUCGGGCUCCUCUCAAUGGCGGAAUUCCCAAGGGUACUUAAUGCUCCCUUACUUGUUGCUCUGGGGUUCCCAACUGGAGCCCCUCUCUCUUGGACUAUCAGAACCCUAUCUCUGGGGGAAAAAGGGAGAAAAGGGGACUCUGCCCCUUCCGAUGCCAGAAGAAAAGCUAUGUGACAGUAAGACCUCGGAGUGGCAGGAGAAGAACUUGGUUCCUCUACGACUGAGGCUUUCCGAACAGGCUACGAAUUCCAGAACCCAGCAGUACCCAGAGGCUAAUGAAGUCCCGCUCCUCAGCCCAAGUGCCCAAGAAUUCCUGGAGAUGCACAUCGCAGAAAAGAUAGCACUCCAUAUUUGGAAGGAAAAGGAGUUACUGAGCCAGCCGAGGCCAGAUAUCCCACCAUGUUUCCAGCGCAGAGAAUUGAAGAAAUUGUCCUUAGUCCUAGAAGACAGAGAGUCAUCUGUUAAAGAUCUGUGGACCCCUGAUCCAGAGCCUUGGGGUGCCUCUGGGGCAGAGCAGUCCUUCUUGGAUUCUGAAAGGUCCCUUAUCAAUACCAUGAAGCGAGAGCAGAUGCCCAACUCCCGGCGGCUUCACAGACCUAUAUCCCUGAUCUUAGCCCCCACCACCCUCCAUUUCCUGAACAGACUCUGUUCCAUGCCUGGGCGGGGUGCUGAGAGCACUCUGAGCCACAAUCGACAGUGCAUCCAGCUCUUUUGGGGUCUCCCCUCUCUACACAGUGAAUCUUUGGCCACAACCUAUAUGGGGUCUAGUUCCUCAUCCUGGCUGGGGACCACCAUCAAAUUGCCACCGGGGGAUAAUCCCUUGGUUUUCUUCAAUGAUCUUUCCUACCUCCACCUGCCCGGUUCAGCUAGUCAACCCUCUCUGCCUUCUCCAACUCAGCACUUAACGCUGCUUCCACCUUCAUACCCAGCCUCAUCCCGGUCACCAUCUUCAUCAGCAUUUCCACUCCUAUCCCCAACCCUCUCUCCACCUUCCCCUUCCCCAAACCUACCCUCAUCCUCCCCCCACAUCAGGACCUUCAAAACUGACCCUGAAGAGAGCCCAAUAAAGAUCCCCACUAUCUACCUGCCCAGGUUCCAGGCCCUGGAGUGGCACCUGCUGCAGAAACAGCUCCAGUCCUUAUGGGGCGUACCCCGGAUUGUUCAAAGAUCUCACGAGGCCUUCAACCCUUUGCCUCUCCAGCUGCCCCAGAUCCACAAGGCCUCCUGCCCUCAGGUUCAGAUUUCCAACUGGCCCCAAGAGCUGCCUUUCAUAUCCAAAGAUGUCAAGAAAAUACUGGAGACCCAUCUCCGAAGGAGGCUUGUCCAACACCACUGGGGCCUGGCCCGGAGGGUGGAAGACUCCAUCAAACAUCUAGCCCCCCAGACCAUACCUCAGCAAGACCCAGCAAGACCCAGAAAGCCCACGUCGCCUACAUCCGAAGGCCUCAAACGCUCUGGCAAGAAGGAUACGUCCGGCGACUCUGCAGCUGUUCGAGGCAUGGCACCGGCAAUAAUUCCAGAGACAGGUCCAGUCAGUCAUGCAGAGGAGAGCCCAAAGAGCGACCCUGAGAAAAGCCCAUCCCCUAGCCAACAGGAGGUACUGCAGCAACAUCUCCUCCAGAAGAGUGUGGCCAUACAGCAGAAAGUGGUUCCUGAGAGUGUGAGCCGUUCAUGGGCCACUGCAAGGGGUAGGUCUGUGUCCUUACAGCCUACUCUGCCGUCUCAGAGACCCCCCAAAGUGAGAGAGAUUGUUCCUCCGGCUUCAUCUACGGAAGACACAGCCACUCAAACGCCACCUCAGCCCCACUUACAGCCAGAAACCGAGCCCCAGCCACGGUCCCAGCCCCAGGCUCUUUCACCCACUGAAGAAGUGAUUUAUGAGGUAGAACCCUGCAAGGACAUUCCAUUCCUUAAUCCAGAGACUAAGAAAGUCCUUGAAUCCCACAUUCGCCACAUGCACAUCCGGCUGAAGUGGGGUCUCCCCAAAAAGGUCCUUGAAUCCAUCUACCUGUUUAAACUAAAAAAUUCAGGCUUGCUCCAAGCUACUUCCCCUACUGGAGGUGGGGGCCUAGGGUUUGAUUCUAGGGUAGGGGAAAGAAACCUCCAGGAAAUCUGGGUAGGUGGUGUUGCCAGAGAGGCCUCAGCUGUUGUAUUAGAUAUCUUGGAGGCGGAGAAGGGUUCCUGGAAUGUUGGGAAGGAACUUUGGGAAGCACCACAGGCUGGGGGGGACUGGGAAGAGAAUACAUUUCUCCUUAGGUCUAGCUUAAUGCAUAGGGGACCCCGAAAGCAUAUAUCUGAGAUUGGGUCUAGGAGGGAAAUUUUAGAGCUGAAUAUGAAGCAUCCAGUUUUACUUCCAAGACAGAAGAGCCUACCCUCCAGUUUCAGAAAGCAACUUCAAGGACCGGGAACAUUUCCCUUCAAGGACGAGGGAGCAGAUAGUGACAGUAUUUGCCUCCUUAAGAGUUCCUGUGUAUUAAACAAAUCCAACAACUUCUCUAAGCUAAAUUUUCACCUGAAGAAAAGGAUGGUGGAGAAAGUUUUAGGAAUUCCCUUAAGGGUAAGGGAAUCUAGAGAAAUGGCCACAAGAAGACAACUCCCUCCUUGUCCACUGAAAGACACUGUGGCAGCUGAUGAGUCUGAAAGUGUUCAAGAGCCUUCACCUGAGACAGAGAGUAAAGAGGUUGUCCAGAUGGCCGAGGGACAAACCCUCUCUCUAAGAACCAUGGAUACUCAGGAUCUAAGCUGCCUUAUUUAUAAGACACAAUUUGCCAAUGAGGAAGAAUUUGACCUAAAAGUACUAGAACCGAGCUAUGAAGAGAGUCUCACUAAAAACACUCUGGUCCAGCCCUGUGCUCUUGGUUUUCAAGCCACUGAGGUCCCCCCGUCAUACACAGAGCAACCAAAUAACAUGACAAGUGCUGAGGGGCUUGGUACUCUUGUGAAGGUAGAAGGAAAAAGCCCUGGCUUUAGGGAGUACCAGAAACUUCAUUCUCAGAUCCCAGCCAAAAAUCAGGGCAAACUGUGGCUACCGUCUCAGAGAAAGGGGAACUACAGUAAACCCCCAAGAGACCAAGGAAUGAGGCUUGAAAAACAGGAAAAGGGCUCUAAUUUAUUGAAGGGCCACACGUAUACUAGCAGGUGGACGACUCAGGGUCCUAUGAGCAGUGUUUUAGGGUUCCCAAAGCAGGAGGGAGUACUUCAGCGCAAAAUCUCUUUAGAAAUUAGUUUCGCAGAGAAGAUGAAGAGCUUCUUCAACUGGCUUCGUCCUAAGAAGAAAAUCAAAGGGACAAAAGAGCCCUUAGCUAGAGGAGAGGUAGCAAUAGCUGAGGAGACAGUUAAGCAAAGUCCAUUCACAGUCAGGCCUUUCUCCAAAGGGAACAGGGCUCCUUUUGGCAGUCGGGCUCCUUCAGCUCCGGAGGACAUGACUGUUGUUGGCCUGAUCUUAGAGAAGAAGAUGGGGUCGAUGGACGAUCUGUAUUCUUGGGAAGAGGAGCAGCAACAGGGGAGGGAGCUCCAGAUGCUGGACACCCAGACAAAGCCCCCUGGCAAAUACAGGGAACUCAGGGCACUCCCCUCCGCUAGGCCUCGGGAGGGUAACGGCAAAUCAAGCAGUCAUGGAAAACGUUCAAGCCACUGGAGUCUGAAUUGGGAGAGGCAGGCCCAGGACAGGGAGAAACGGGUUAAAAAUAAGAAAACUGUAAGAUUCAGGGAUCAGCACCUGCCCCCAGAGAAGCUGGCUUCCAUUGCUAGUGAGAUGUCCAUCUCUUCAGGUCAGUUCCGAUGUCGCCAGAGAGGGUCCAGGUUCUCCAGGACUCUAGGCCACUCUCAGCACCACGCCAAGACACCUCUUCAGGGACCCUACUUUCAGAGAUCCCCAGGCCCUUCUUCUCAGUAUGGAGUAUUUUGGCUCCCUACAAGAGAAUCCAGUUUCCCAGGAGAUAACUUGUUCUCAUGACACAUGACCUUAUUAGACCUUCCAAAGAGGAUGGUUACCAUUUGUGUUAAGGGCUUUAUCCUUCCUAAAUACAUUCUAUUCUUCUAACAAGAGUAGCUGUUUUUUUGUCCCCUACCGGUGUGUGCUGCAUGCUUUGGGUGCUCAGGGCUGGGGGAGAAUUCUUUCCACUGCCCGAGAGAGACGUGCUCUUUGGUCAGGAAGGCGCCUUGAGGCCAGCUGCUGGCGCUUCAAAAUAACUUGGCCACUAGGGGGCAGCUCAUACCUGGAGCUGCCGGUUAAGAGCCUCUUGGCUGGUGUCUCAAAGACGAGGAAAGGGCCAGGGAAAAGGUGGUUGAGAGGCUAGCGGAAUCAU